AAAACCUCUUGGAGGUUCCUACAAAUCUCUAGGGUCAAUAUACAAUUGCGACGAAUCGUUUUCUGUCGGGUUUUGUCGAUGUUAUUAUGUAAGCUAACUGAUGAAGCCGUAUUCAUGUGAAACUAAUCCUCCAUGGUCGUAGUAGAGUUAUCCGGCGUCUGUCACAUGCUCUCCGGCUGUUUUAUCCGUGCACUACUUACAUGGAGCUCAGUGCAAAGAAUGUAUAUCAUGGUGUCUGGACAUCUACUUCUCAAGUUUUGCUAUUGCUAAGUUGCUGCAACAGCUGUCUGCAUCACUCGCUCACCUCUGAGAGGGUGCGCCGAAUUCAGUGCCAAGCCGCCUGUUAUUGUCGAAUUUAGUUUUAAUAAGUUUCAAAUUCCUCAGCAAAACACUCCCCAGUUAUACACCAAGUUGACUGACAAAAAAUGGCACUGCCACUUAUUUAUGAUUUAUGAUGACAAUGUCAAGGACACCCCGUAGACAUCAUUCAGUCCACAGGGUGGUUCCUCGCACACAAAUAAAAAUAGCAAGAGUCAUUGUCUUUAGCUCUGAUGGAUGGACAGCCAUGACUUUAUGACUGACAAGCAGAUUUAACCAAUCUCUUUGUUGUAUCCAGUGCGGUGACUCCCAGCGCCCAAUCCUCUUGGAUUAGAGGAGGGAUUAAGAUUCAGAUUUGCCUCUGCUUUGCAUCCCAAUCUGGUCCAAUCUGACAGAGUUUUGAAUCUGUACCCUAUCAGAUGAUAGUAGUAGCUGAGCUCCAUGUUUAUCAAAGCGUAUUCAUUUUGCCAAUUAACUAAAUUCCAGAUCAUCGCGAUUGACACCUAUUGCACAUUUAUUUAUUUAUUUUUCAGAUAAGGGGCAGAGACAAGGACCAGAAUAUCAUUUUUCUCUCUCUUGGAAUUGUAUACCCCUUUGUUUCACAAUGAAUAAUCUGUAUUGGACGGAUUGAACUUGUUGAUGUCAUAUGUUUUCAUGUCUAGAUCCCACGAUGUUUUACCUGCAAGUUGAAACUGCCACAUACUGGGUUAAUGUGUCUUGGACCACUGUCACCAAGCAAUUCUGUUCAAGUGGGACAGAGUAAUAUUCCCCAGUGAUCAUGAAGGGGCUAAGGAAAAUCUAUAAAGCCAUGACAAGGCUUUGAUUGCUGAGCAUCAUCGUCUAGAAGUCCAAAUUUCUUCGUUUUCUCUGUCAUCUUCUGCUGUAUAAAAUGCCUUUAAAUAUCAGAGCCAAGCCCACGCAGAGCAAGCUGUCUGCUGGCACUAAGAGCAGUGGGUUCCCCAGCAGCAGCUCAUCACAUUCUCGUCUUUCGAGACUGCCAAAGCACGGGAAAGCAAAACAUUCCGGAAGCUCAGUCCCAGGUUGCCGCUCAGGGUUAGAACCUGGUUCUGUGUCGGGAGGUCUGACCCGACAGGCACCUAAAGUAGACAGAGGGUCUGUCUCAAGGAUUGCCUCAAAGGCUCCUGCUGGCAACACCACAGACAAAAAGGCAGCUCUUGGCUCUGCAACUGCUCCAGGAGGUAAAACACUGUCAAUGGAAAACAUCCAGUCAAUAAGUGCUGCCUAUGCCACUUCAGGUACCAUGUACCCAUCUGAGCAGGAUGCCUUGGAACUUUCUGGUGGUUACCCCAGAGGUACCAUGACACUUGGUAGGAGCACUACUCGCUCCUCUAAAAAUGGCAGAUCAACUGUUGCAGGAAGCAGCCCAAAUAUUCACUCUUCAAUGCUGCAUCCUUCCCCGGACUCCUGUGGAGACCAGACUUUGACUUCUCCCCGGGAAUUCAAGCCUCCAGCAGCGAGAUAUCCACCACCCUUAGAUUUAACUGGACGUAGUGAGGGACCAUCAUUUGAGCUUCAGGUCCAGUUGAGGGAUCUGCAGAGGGAGAAUGACCCUUUGAGGAGGGAACUGGACGGAGGGAGGGAGGCAAGGACCGGCCAUAGCUCAAACAACGUCAACUUCUGGAGUUCAGAUAUGAAGAGAGACAAGGCUGUCCGGCGUGAGGAUGGAGUGAGGAGUUCUAUCCUGAAAGACCACCAUAGGAUGCACCAAGAAGAUGUACAGCAUCCUUUGGACAGCAGAAGAAACAAGAAUCCUUUAACUUUGCAGGAGCUUCAGGAGGAGCUGAGGGCCCAUAGAGAGAUGAAUAGUCGCUUGCAACAUCAGCGUCAAAUCGGGAAUUCUGGCUCCUGUCGAGAUGUUGGCCUGGACCAGGACUGCAGAGGCAGGCUCAGUCCUGGUCAUAGCCCCAGUCAUAUUCAAAGUUUAGGAGCAAAAAGCAGCCCUAGAAUAAGCCCAUCUAACACCUACAACCAAAAACAACAAGAAGCUGACAUCAUCAUCCACAGCCCUGGUUAUGGCGGCAGGACAACGCUGAACCCUCAUUGCGUCAGCCCAGCAAACAGCCUUCAGCCUGGCACAACAAACAGCCCAAAUCAUCCAUCGUUUAAUACCACUCACAGCCCUGUGGAGACACUGAGCUCAGGCUGGGGACGGCGCUGUAGCCCCUGCCAGGUUCCUGGCUGUGAUGGCUUCUGCUCAUCUCCUCCCUUGGAUCCAUCAGAAGACAACUACUUCAGACUGCAGUCUGAACAUGAACGCCAGGCCAAAGAGCUGAGUCUGCUGAGAAAGACCAUGGAAGAGAUGGAAGUGAGGAUUGAUUCUCAAAAGCAGACGUUAGGUUCUCGGGACGAGAGCAUCCAGAGACUUUUGGAGAUGCUGCAGGCGCAAGGUCACAGCGACGGAACAUGGGGAAGGAGUCAUCGAGCUAGCAUUGUCUCCAUGGCGACACAGGAGGCCGAGUCUCACCUGGAAAACAAUCACAUGAGAGAGGACACCAAGAUCUCUUCCCUGGAGAGAAACAUCAGAGACUUAGAGGAUGAGGUCCAGAUGUUAAAGACCAGCGGCCUGCUGCAUCCCGAUGACAGGCAAGAUGAGCUCAAACAGGUGGAGGUCUACAAGAGCCACUCUAAAUUCAUGAAGACCAAGAUCGAUCAACUGAAGCAGGAACAGAACAGGAAGGAAGCAGAAAUGCAGACUCUGCAAACCAAACUGGAAACACUCACCAAUCAGAACUCGGACUGCAAGCAACACAUCGAGGUGCUGAAGGAGUCGCUCAGUGCCAAGGAGCAACGAGCCAAUACGCUGCAGACGGAGGUUGAUGCUUUGAGGGUGCGUUUGGAGGAGAAAGAGCAGUUCCUUACUAAGAAGACCAAGCAGAUACAGGACCUGACGGAUGAGAAGAGCACACUAACAGGAGAGAUCCGGGACAUGAAGGACAUGUUGGAUGUCAAGGAGAGGAAGGUCAAUGUCCUUCAAAAGAAGAUAGAUAACUUACUGGAGCAGUUGAAGGAUAAGGACAAACAACUGGCUGGGCUUAGGGAGAGAGUCCAGGGUCUACAAACAGACUCCAGCAACACAGACACAGCCCUUGCAACGCUGGAGGAAGCCUUGUCGGAAAAGGAGCGUGUCAUCGAAAACUUGCGUGAACAGAAAGAGCGGGAAGAAAAAAUCCAGCUGGAGGAAAUGGAGAGACUCAGGAAGGAGAACCAGGAGCUGAAAGACAAAUGUUUUGUCAUCCAGCCUCCAAAACUACCGCAACCCUCAAGCCCCACGCCGACCAACCCGCGAAUGGAGAUAGAGGUUCCAGUCAAAGCGGAUGUGUUGCCACCCGUGAACCCUUUGGUUCCAAACAAAGACAUGGCAGCACUGAAAUGCACUGAUAUCACAGACCGUCUUCGGCUCCUGGAGCAGGAAGUGGCUCGUUACCGAGAGGAAUCAGGAAAGUCGCAAGCCGAGGUGGACCGGCUAAUGGCUGCGCUGAGAGACGCGGAGAAGGAAAGACACUGCAAAGAGAAGAAGAUUGUUGAUCUUGAAAGGCAAAUCAGGUCUCCCAAUAUCCAGAAGCAGAUUGACGUACAGCCACACACCUUAUCACAGUUGGAGGAGUUGAUGGGGGCCUUGGAGAAGACGCGUCAGGAGUUGGACACCACCAAAUUGCGUCUGUCUUCCACGCAACAGUCCUUGCACGAGCGAGACGGCCACCUCAACAGUCUACGACAUGAGCGACGCAAGCAGCUGGAGGAGAUCCUGGAGAUGAAACAGCAGGCUCUGCUGGCUGCCAUCAGCGAGAAAGAUGCCAACAUUGCCCUUCUGGAGUUGUCGUCGUCCAAGCGAAAGAAGGCCCAAGAUGAGGUGAUGGCUCUGAAGAGGGAGAAGGACCGGCUAAUGCACCAACUCAAACAGCAGACUCAGAGUAGAAUGAAGAUGAUCACCGAUAACUACGAGGAAGACCAUGCCCACCCACAACAUCACCAUCCUCACCACCUGCACCCAGCAAAUGUGCACCACCGCAGUCUACCAAGGGGACACCUACAUGCCAACCACCGUCCUCCACUGGACCAGGAUGACGAGGAAGGAAUAUGGGCAUGAUGGCCAUCGCCAUGGGAACCUUGCAUUGACAUCUUGCCUCCCAUAGAAACUUCCAGAUGUCAGCUUGUCUUGGGUUUGCCUCAGGGACUCCUCCCACCUGGGUAUUUCCAGAGCACUCCAAACAGGCAUCCACGUGGCAUCUAGACAAGAUACGGGGACCACCAAGGCUAGUUCUGCUUAAUCCGCAGCAACCCUGCUCACAGAAGACAGCAAUUCUUACCUAUCCCUCUGUAUGUUUAUUUCAGCUACGUGUGGCUGUUCUGUCACUCAGGACACAUACCCAUGUCAACAUUGUUAAAAUAAAAUCCUAAACAUCAUAGUUGUAUUGUAGAGUUGCACCAUUACUUCUGAUGACCUUAUUCAUUUUGUGAAACGUUCCUGAGAACUUUGACACAAUGUCAUUCCUACAGAAGAAAUGGAUGUCCACCAUUCCCAGUUAGAGGCAGGGGAAAACUCAAAGCUUCCCAUGUUCACACGAGGAUUGUCAUAGUUGGGGCUCUCGUAGAAUAGUUAUUUCAUCCCAAUGCUUUCGAGGAAGUCUUUCACUGACGGCUUGAGAGGUAAUUUUUAUGUCCAAAUCCACAUCCGGAUAUAUUAUUUUAUUUGGAAAACCGCGCAUGGUGGGAGCACUCUUUGUCAGGAUCCUUGGAAACUGAACACAAUGCAAUGUUUGUGCCUCGUAAAAACCCCACUCCAAAAUGAGUGUUUUCUAGUGUUGCCAGUGUUCCUGAAUCUUAUUCAACGUUACAUUUAUCAACAAUAUGUAGUUUUGUCUUUAUCAGCACAACCUUGCAUUUGUGGCUUAGGCCUCCCUUUUGGUAACUAUUGAACCACAGAGUAGAGGUUAGAAGAGGCGUCUGACCGAGGCCAUCCCUCAUCCAGCUGUCAGCAUCGUGAGACUGUGAGGUCAAGGGUUGUUCCACCAGGUUGAACAUGAGAGGAAAGAAGUCAAAUACUCAGCAGCAUCCGAGUGCUCACAAGUGAGGGCGUGAGAUGUUCAUCUAGUUCAAUAAACUAAUCUGAUAUUGUCAGAGUAUUCUGUGACAGAACAUGUUUGUGUCUGGCCUGUGACCAUUAACAAGGAGCUGUAGAAUCCUGAACCAGUCUGACAUUGAUCUGGUGGUACUACGAGUUAUUAUCAUUGGGGUUUUUUUUCUGUACAUUUGCAUAAAACCAGACUGUGGGCCACCUGACUUGUUGAUGAUGAGGCACUUUGUUUGUGGAAGAUCCUUUUUGUCUGCCCACAUCUCAUUCAUCACUCAUGCUUGGGCAUGAUCACACGCCGCCCCAACUAAUUUGUACUUACACAGGAUCAAGUAUUGUAAUUCUGCCUCUAUGAUCACAAGAAAAUCCCCACUCAUUAGCGAUCCAUGUGGUUAACAUUUGCAUGCAUGUACUCAACUAAUCACAACGAAUUUGCUAUAUUUUUUGAGUGCGGACCUCAUGUGUUGAUCUAUGGGGACUGUGAUUUUUUUUGUUUCUUUUUUUGGUACCAUCAGCACCACCCUUUUACAGUGUGUAAUAGCUUUUGAGGCCAUUGUUCAAUUGUCCAGAAAUAGGUUUCACAAACUGCCUAUAAUGAAAAUGAAAUACUUUGCUGCCCAAUGUCACAGAUUAUUAGUGCCCAGCUCAAUGUUCGUGAGAUGAUGAACAUGUUUGCCAAUCCCUAACUUCCAACAAAGUCAGUCUGCAACUGCCUCUGACCUUGGCUCUGAUCUAGCGUUCCCAAUCUUUUGAUGUGAAUAAUAUUCCUGGUAAAUUUGAAUUUGAAUCAUCAUAACUGUGGCUUUUCAGUCAAAGGUUUGCUUCCUAAAUGGCUGCCUUUACUUGGAACACACUGGGGAAUAGAGCCACAC